AUGCUCAAUCUCGCUAGCCUCCCAAAUGAGAUUCUUAUUGAUAUCAUUCAAUAUCUGUACUACGCAUCCGAUGUGAAUUCCAUCUCACAGGCAUGCCAUCGUCUCUGGCAAGUGGCAGAUCCCUGGCUCUACGACCGCUACGCAUUGGACUGUUCUCCUCGUGGCCUAGAACGGAUCACAGCAAAUGGAAAUACCGACGCUUUGCGCAGGCUGUUCGCCGCAGGAGCGGGCUUUCCCCAUGGGAAGGAAUCCACACUACCACAUCGGCCACGAAAUCAGUUCGUACCUUUUGACGUUGCUACGGCCAAUGGGCACUUGAAUAUUGCUCGCCUCCUCGUUGAAGUCUACGGUAGCUCGGGGGUGGAUAUUUCGCUAUCUUUCACCAAUAAUUCACCCUUUUUUAAUGCAAUCCAAGGGGGCCAUUGUGAUGUUAUCCGAUACCUUCUUGAUGUCGCCGCCCCACCAAACAGACUCGGGUAUAUUUGGCCCUCGAAUUCGGCUGUUAUCCCUCAGAUAUCUCGAAAUUGCCCACCUUCUUUCUUGAAAUCCAUCGUUGAAGGACCGGAAUGUGAUAUCAAUGCGCCAAGCGAAUUUGGGAUUCCCUUACUUUGGCGCAUGGUCGAACACUGGUCACCAGACGCAGUUGAGGUAUUGCUUGAUGCGGGCGCCGAUCCCAUGGUAGAGCAUCGAUGUGCAGGAUAUUACCCUUAUCAAACUUGGAUGUCUACCCAUUUGACUCCAUUAUACAAUGCCGUUUUUCACAAUCGAGAGGAGAUGGUUCGUCGUCUGCUCAAAAGAGGAACAAAAGAGUAUCUCAAAACCGGCCUCAAACCCGAAUUUCUGGCUCGAAUGUUGGAGACACACGGCCCCUCCGUGCCUUGCCUUAUACUUGAGGAUAUAUUUGAGCCCUGGAGACUUUGUGAUAGCGAAAGCGAUCUAUUGUACAUGCUAAAUCUCGCUGCUGCCAAUGGUGACGCACAGCUCGUUCGCCAGAUUCUCGAUAUGUCUUCCACAAAGGCAAGUAAUAGCAUCGAUAUUGCCCUAGGAUAUGCUGCCCAGAAUGGACACAUUAAUGUCGUUGAAAUCCUUCUUCCGUCUGAGUUGUCCGAGAAUGGCCAAGUCCCCCAAACAUACUUAAUGGCAAUUUCUAAGGCCUGCAAAGGCAAGCAGUCUCAUGUCAUCGAUCUAUUAUUGGAACGUGUCGGUCCCGAGCUAUGGACCCUGUCCAAGGAAUUGACCCGUGACGGUCUUGCUAAAUCUGGAGAAGAUAUAAAAUUCACGCGGUAUCUCCUAGAAAAGAAUGCUUUUGCAUUAUCUGGACCUAUGGACCGCGAAAUAUUGUGCCACGGAGCUAUGGAACAUGAGAAUUUUGCCCUGCUCGAAUACUUCUUGAAUGAACUUGGGAUCCCUUCCUUCAAAUACCAGACAAAAGGAAUCGGUGGCUCAUGCAGAUUUGAGGCGAUAUUCCGAGAGGCAGUAAUUACAGGCAGCAUUGAUGUCUUCAAAUUUCUGCUAGACAGGGAGCCUGUUCUUGAUCCGAAUAAUCCAAAUUGGGGGAAUAUUCUUGUUGAAGCUACAAGCUAUAACCACCUCGAUAUUGUGAACCUCUUUCUGGAUAAUGGCUUUGAUGUCAAUACGCGUUACCGAAUAUCUGGCACGCCGGAGGAUUCUGGGUGGAGGUCGGAUUCGGAAUCGAACGCAGAUCCACCUGGAAACGCAGAAUUAACAACAGAUAUGGUAGUUGCUUCGUCAGAAUUUCCGCCCAUACGGUAUGCUACCAUCCUAGAGGCGGCAAUUUUCUAUGUCAUUUGGCCGGCUUGCAUGUUUGAUAUUGGAGAAGAUGAUCCACCGAAGAUAGGGAUGGUCCGGUUACUUCUAGACCGGGGGGCUGACAUUUACACCGUCAAUUCCAAGGGUCAAUAUCUUUUUGAAUGCCAUACUCAAAAGGGUCAAUCUGCUGUCAUUCUUCAAGAAUUCCUCUCUCGAGGUGUCAGCCCUCUCAUGCCAAUCCGAGGUACACAUGAAAGUCUUUGGUCAUAUGCAUUCAAAACUGCCAUCGAGGUUAGCAGUCCUGGUCAUUGGGAAAACGCAAGCCUCUUAUCCCAAUGUAUCAUGGAUCAAGGUCUGCCUUGUGAGGUUUUCAGAUCUUUGAUUCCCUGCGACGACAGAAUCCCUGUGAAUAUGAAUCAACUUGCGGGAGAACCGCUAGGGGGGUUGGGAGAAAUUCCAUAUCGUAAAGAGUAUGUGGAGGCAUUACUGGAGAGUGAGGUACCCUGUGUCGGAGUGUAA